AUGGAUGAACAGAAAUUACGUGAAGAAUUAAAUAAAGCACAAACUAAUACAGCAGAUGUUACGAUUACACCAAAGGCACCUGAAACUUCUGAAAGUGCAAAUGAUGUUACUAAUACCGGUGGACCACCUACUGCUAAAAGUGAUGAUGAUACUGAGGAAGGACAUUCUCAUCGCGAUGUAUUAGAGGAUGACUUGAAUGAGAAAUUAUGGCCUCCAACAUUAGUUGGAGUACUUCCAUGGUUGUGGCUUCCCGUUAAGAGAGUGCCAUCAGAUGAAGAUGCAACUCCAGGAUUUUUCCAUCACAGAAGAAGAAAGAGCUCAACGAGAUUUACAUAUUCAAGAAAUUGCAGAUUCAAAAAUAAAAUUAGCAACAAAAGAGCAAUACGAGAUCCUAAUAAUCCAAAUAAGAUUUAUUAUCAUCAUCCUGAAAGACGUCGUUCUACUCUUGUCUCACCAAUAAUUCCUACAACUUCUGGGGGUCCUAGUAAUAUGUUUAAUGAUAGAUCAGUUAGAAUGUCUAGCCCUGAAAGAAGUGAAAUUAGAUCAAGAGAUAUUCCUAUCUAUUCAAGAGGAAUACCUUCUACAUCAACAGAUCCAACUCCUAGAGAAAUCCCAGGUUCAGAAAUUUUACCUGUUCGAUUUAAUCGGAAAUUAACUAAUAAAUUCGGUAAACUUGCAAGAAGUAAUUUUGAAUAG